UCGCGUGUUACUGAGAUUCGGCCAUUUCAUUGAAUGUAUAAACCAUAUCUGACUGGGCAUGCGCCCACAAGCGGCAUCCACGAAACGCCUUUCAACUGACGAUGACCCAAUUGCCAUCUUGAAGUAAACUAACCGCUGGAAAGUGUCCAGCGUGAACUUUCUAAAUUACUGAAUUUUACUUCAACUCGGCCCGUGAUGGUUUUCCCCACAUGCCACGAACCAAUCACCUGCGGUGAUUCCGAACACGACAUGUCGAGUGUUUUGCCUUUUUGUCCCUGCACGUCAAGAGCUUUCAACCUACCAUGCUCGCCUUUGAUUGAGUAGAGCACCGCCCCAUAAAAUAUGGUCUUUGUGUUUAACUCAAUUCAGCCGUAUAAAAUACAAAUUCACACCAGAGUAUGUACAUGUAGCCAACAGUACCCAACAGUACAUGCAGUAACAGCGGCGCCGUACCAAGCUGUACGCGACUUCUCGAGUGCCCACUUUGACGCGCACUCACAGUUGAUUGAAAGAAAAACCAGCCAAAUCCCCCUCGCUGUCAUGAAGUUUGUUAAUUAAUGCUAAAAGAACCGGUGCAUACGUGUAUCCAGUUUGUACUUUGUCUUGUGUGCUCUGUCAAGCUUGAGUGCGAUGCAUCAUCGACCAGAUGGGAGCGGCUUUGCUAUGAAAAUAAGAGCUAGCUCGUGUGCCCGAAUUUAACAUGGAGAUUUGACCGCACGUCAUGGCUAGCGCUAGCGGAGUAGACGCCGUGGACAUCGCAGUAAUCUGCCUGUACUUCGUUUUCGUCUCUUUGGUCGGCUUAUGGUCUAUGUACAAGUCCAGGCGGAGCAAUGCAAAGGGAUAUUUCCUUGCUGGUAGAACCAUGACCUGGUGGCCGGUCGGAGCAUCCAUUUUUGCCAGCAACGUCGGGACAGGACACUUCAUCGGCUUGGCCGGGACCGGGGCGGCAUCUGGGUUGGCUGUGGGGAUAUACGAAGUCCAGGCAAUUUAUUAUGUACUCCUGCUUGCUUGGGUUUUCGUUCCCGUUUACAUUUCUGCCGGGGUAGUCACGAUGCCAGAAUAUCUUCGAAAGAGGUAUGGAGGUCAAAGGCUUCGCAUCGUCGUUUCCGUCUGUACUCUGUUUUUAUACAUCCUCAUGAAAAUAUCGGUAGAUGUCUUUGCUGGAGCCAUUUUCAUUCAACAAGCGUUCAACUGGAAUAUGUACUUUUCGUGCGUGAUACUACUGCUUUUCACUACAGCGUACACGAUCGCUGGUGGACUCCGGGCGGUGAUGUAUACGGAUACGUUGGGCUCUUUGGUGAUGGUUAUCGGUGGCUUUGUUCUCAUGUUGCUCGCUCUCGUCAACGUGGGAGGUUAUGAAGAGCUGAAAGUGAGGUACAUGCAAGCGAUCCCCAACACGACCCUGGCCAAUCCCAACACGACCUGCGGUUACCCAAGGGAGGACGCCUUCAGUAUGAUGCGAGACCCGGUCACAUCCGACCAGCCCUGGCCCGGUGCGGUCAUCGGGCUGUUCUUCAUGGGCACCUGGUACUUCUGCGCUGACCAGCUCAUUGUUCAGCGAGCUCUGGCUGCCAAGCAUGUCACCCACGCCAAGGCAGGAUCUGUUCUGGCCAGUUACUUCAAACUGUGCAUGAUCUUCAUGAUCGUCAUGCCGGGCAUGAUUGCGCGGAUACUUUUCACGGAUGAAGUUGCUUGCACUGAACCAGCUGAGUGCAAACGAAUCUGUGACAGUGAAGUGGGGUGCAGUAAUAUCGCGUACCCUAAGCUGGUCAUUGGGCCGAUGCCUAGCGGCGUUCGCGGUUUGAUGGUAGCAGUUAUGAUGGCCGCCCUCAUGAGUUCACUCACGUCCAUCUUCAACAGCGGCAGCACGAUCUUUACGAUGGACAUCUGGCGCCGCAUUCGACCCAAGGCCGCCAAUAAAGAGAUCAUGAUCGUAGGACGGGUGUUCGUGGUCUUUCUGUUGGCCAUCAGCCUGAUGUGGGUCCCCAUCGUCCAGUCUGCGCAUUCGGGCCAGAUCUUCCUCUACAUCAAUUCCAUGCAGUCCUACUUCACACCGCCCAUCUUUGCCUGCUUCGUCAUGGGGAUGGUCUGGUCGCGGACCACGGAGAAGGGUGCCUUCUGGGGGUUCAUCGUCGGCAUGGCCCUGGGUAUGUUGCGCAUGAUCCUGGACAUUAUCUACCGGGCGCCCCCGUGUGGGGUGGAGGACACCAGACCGGCCGUCGUGUCCAAGAUUCACUUCCUGUAUUUCAACGUCUUCGUCGGCGUGGUGUCUCUGACACUGACGAUUGUGAUCAGUCUGUUCACGGAAAGACUGCCGGAUGAAAAUGUCGUCGGGAUGACGUGGUCAACACGUGGCCAGAAGCCACUGGUUCCCCGGGAAACGGAGAUGAAGAGUGUGCCGACAGACGAGGACGCCGCCGGCACCAAGGAAGAAUCAGAUAACGAGGAGGCUGAUAAGCAAGUCGCCUCGUUCCCGCGAUGGAAGAAAGCCAUCUUCUGGGUGUGCGGCAUCUCGCGGGAAGUCGUCGAAUCGUCAGAGAACGCCGCCUCCAUCGAGGAAAAUCCCAAGUGGCGGUGGGUCGCGAAUAUCAACGCACUCGUAGUGAUCGGCUUUGGAAUCGCAAUUAAUAUAUGGGUUUGGUGAAAUGGCUUGGUUUUUAACUGUCCAGCGGUUUCAACUUUUCCAACAUUGUCUUCUUAUAAGCGCCCGACCUACCGGCAACACAGCACACAUUGAGCCAUCCAUUCCCACAACACCUUGACAUGGUUAUUUCUACAAUGCCAUUGGCCUAUUAAAUUUGUGAAGCAUUAUAGUGUAAUUAAUCAUUUUUCCAUAUUGGUGUGGUUUCAAGUAUUCAUCAGAACCAUGCAUAGGCAUGGCGUGCAUACGUUUAUGGACAGACAACACCGACUGGGUAAUUAUAUCAUGGAGCUCGAUGAUUAUAUAUUGGAUCUCAGGACAGCAAGUCGAAGGCAAAGCGAGAAUGGGUAAACAGACAGAAUUGGCGUAAAACUGAGUAGUGUGCAUUGGCUUUAUGUGCGGUACAAACCGACAUCUUACAAGUCCGUAAUAUUGAAAAAUAAAUAUUGAAUUUAUUUCACGGCAGCACCUGUUUGACCGCACACGCCCGAUUUUGAUACAGCGUCGCCAAGCCAACCUUGGCUGGCAACUAACCAAUCAUAAAUGUCGACAUGGUCUUGGGAAGGACGUUUAUCUGUUGCGUAACAGGUCUAAUUGAGAGGUUUUGAGUAGUGUAUGAGUAAACAGUUUGUUUAUGAGCGUCGUGAUCAUGAGCGCUCUGUGGCGUGCGCACAAUUUGUUCGAUUACUGAAUAUGCAACGAAGACAAUAACUAUAUUGACAGUUCAUUUGCAUAGUGCCUUAUGCGUACCUUAUUCCAAGGUGAUCACUGCAUGGACGUCACGAGGGGGGGAAAGGGUAAGGGGUGGUGCUUGCCCCCUCCCCCAAAAUAUGAAAACUAAAAGAUGAAAAAAAAAACGAAAGAAAUGACAAAAAUCAUUGGAAUGCGGAUGAAAAGUACAAAUUUUCUUGAAAGAGAUUAAUAAACAAACGAACAAACAAACUCAAAAACUGGCCUCUGUCACUGUUGUGGAAGAAGUUAUGGCAGAUGA